AGGAAGAACAAUCUGGGAUUCACAUAUAUACAACUAAACGUCAUUGUUACUUCAUUAUGAGAUGUUAGAUCAUGAUUAUGCUAAUAGUUUCAAUUCGAAAUGUUAAUUACUGGGCUACCAGUUCUUCUCUUCUACCUUGGUCAUCAAGCAAUCUAUCUAUAAAUAAUAAAUACCAACCACACAAUCAUCUCUCCAACCAGAAGCCAAUAGAUCAGAAAAAUGAGCGACCACCACUCAGCUUGCCUACUGCUUUACCAUUACGGUCACAUGCGCAAAUCUGUAAACAUUUUGAAAUUCGUCAAUCUGGAUGACCAGCCAGACCGCCACGCCUUUCACCACAAUCCCCAAAACGACCUUGAUCUCGAGCCCGCCUUUCCCGACCCCGAACUUUGUGUGGUUGGCUCGGCCGACGGUUUGGUCUGCUUCAAUUCAUUCUCUCGAACCGACUUAGAUUCCGUGUACAUAUGCAACCCCACAACUCGAGAAUACGUCAAGCUCCCCAAGGCCCACGGCGAUCGGGUGUACCCGAAUCUAGUCGGGUACGGGUUUGGCGCCACUCCAUUAACAAACACCUUCAAGGUUGUGAGGAUUUAUCAGGAGAAAAUCCUUGUUCAAUCCGGAUCUGAUUAUUACAAGUCCGAUCUUCAAGUUUACACUCUAGGAGGGGCCGGAUCGUGGAGGAGCGCCGGCGGCAUCAAUUGCUGCUUCGGUUGCCGGGAGUUCGGCCAGAGUCUCGACGGAAAACUCCACUGGCUUGUCACCGAUGUAAAUGGCGAUGAACUUAUCUGCUCUUUCGACCUCGAGAGCGAGACGAUCCAAACGAUUCCCUCGGCUCCUCCUCCUCCGGUGGUGCCGGAGGAUGAUUGGAUCCGGAGGAGCAUCGGCGUGCUCGGAAACUGUUUGUGUUUAUGCGACAACACGGAGCGCACCAGCCUGGACAUAUGGGUGAUGAAGGAGUACGGAAAUGGCGAUUCGUGGACUAAAGAAUUUAGUAUCGGCGCUCCGGAAGAAUGGAUGAUGUUUGAUGAGAUGAUCCAUUUGGUGAUGGAUUUUAAGGACGGGGAGAUGCUGUUCUUGUUCUGGAAUGAUAUCUUGUUCUCCUAUAACCCAGAGACGAAGAGCGUGACGAGAGUUGAUGUGUGCGAGCCUUAUUUCUCGGCUACCGUUCAUGUCCCAUCCUCCAUUUCUCUGGAGACCAUUUUUGGAGCUCAACAAGUCAAACAGAUCAACCCCUCCUAGCCAAUAACUUUUUUUUUUUUUUUAGUACUGUUACAAUGUGUAUCUGUUUAUAAUUACUUUCUUAACCUACUAAAGCAGUCAACAGUUACCUUCAGUGAGGCUUAAACUCACUCCCAUCAUUCACCACCGAGGCUCGAACUCAUUCCCAUAAUUCAUGUGGGAGUGUAAACCGAGAAAACCACAAAGUCUUUGGCCCUAUCCAAUAAGUAUGUACUGGAAAAACUAUAGCCUUGUUUCAGUUGUUAGUGGAGGGAAGGGAGAACUAUGUAAAAACUAUAGCCUUGUUUGGCAAGGGUUAGUAUUAGAAUCAUAUACAGAAUUAUUUAUUUUUACACAUUAUCAAUCUUGUAAGAAGCUUAUUGAAUUAUAGAUUAAUCAUUCUUAUUAUCUCAA